UCCUUUCGCUCUUGCCGUCGUAGCGGUGCCGAACCUGCGCAGCCUUCGGUGUCGUCGCGGAGGCUCCUGCAAGGUGUUAAUACGAUGCAGGCGGCCGUGAGACAGGUGCGCACGGCAGCUCGGCUGCCCGCGCUGGCGCGGCUGCCGGCCAGCAUGCAGCGGCGGCCGUACUCGGAGGCCAGCCACGAGGCCGACCUGGUGGUCAUCGGCUCUGGUCCGGGCGGCUACGUGGCCGCCAUCAAGGCCGCCCAGCUCGGCCUCAAGACCGUCUGCGUGGAGAAGAACGAAACGCUGGGCGGCACCUGCCUCAACGUGGGCUGCAUCCCGUCCAAGGCGCUGCUGCACAACUCGCACCUCUACCACGAGGCCGUGCACGAGUUCAAGGAGCGCGGCAUCGACGUCGACAACGUGCGGCUCAACCUGGACCAGAUGAUGAACACCAAGCGGAAGGCGGUGAGUGGGCUGACCUCGGGCGUCGCCUACCUCUUCAAAAACAAUAAGGUGACGCACGUUAAGGGCCAUGGCACCAUCACCGGCACCAACGAAGUGACGGCCACGGCCACCGACGGCAGCAAGGAGGUCAUCAAGGCCAAGAACAUCCUGAUCGCCACGGGCUCGGAAGUGACGCCGUUCCCCGGCAUCACCAUUGACGAGGACACGGUGGUGUCUUCGACGGGCGCUCUCUCGCUGAAGAAGGUGCCCAACAAGAUGGUACUGAUCGGUGCCGGCGUGAUCGGCCUCGAACUUGGCUCGGUCUGGUCGCGGCUGGGCGCCGAGGUCACCGCCGUCGAGUUCCUCAACCACGUGGGCGGUGUCGGCAUCGACAGCGAGGUCUCCAAGAACUUCCAGCGCAUCCUCGGGAAGCAGGGCGUCAAGUUCAAGCUGGGCCACAAGGUGACGGGCGCUGAGCGGUCGGGCGACACCAUCUCGGUGGCCAUCGAGAACGCCAAGGACAGCAGCAAGCAGGAGACGCUGGACUGUGACGCGCUGCUCGUGUGCGUCGGCCGCCGGCCGUAUACCGAGAACCUCGGCCUCGAGCUGAUGGGCAUCGAGCGCGACGAGAAGGGCCGGAUCCCGGUCAACUCCCGCUUCCAGACGGUCAUCCCCAACAUUCACGCCAUCGGCGACUGCAUUCACGGCCCGAUGCUGGCGCACAAGGCCGAGGACGAGGGCAUCGUCUGCGUGGAGGGCAUCGCCGGCGGUCCGGUCCACAUCGACUACAACUGCGUGCCGUCCGUCAUCUACACCUUCCCGGAGGUGGCCUGGGUGGGCAAGUCGGAGGAGGAUCUCAAGGCCGACGGCGUCGAGUACAAGGUGGGCAAGUUCCCGUUCGCCGCCAACAGCCGCGCCAAGACCAACCAGGAGACGGACGGCUUCGUCAAGGUUCUCGGCGACAAGGCGACGGACCGCAUGCUGGGCGUGCACAUCAUCGGGCCGGGCGCCGGAGAGAUGAUCAACGAGGCCGUGCUGGCCAUGGAGUACGGCGCCUCGUGCGAGGACGUGGCGCGCGUCUGCCACGCUCACCCCACCUGCAGCGAGGCGCUGCGCGAGGCCAACCUGGCCGCCUACUUCGGCAAGGCCAUCAACUGCUGAGUGGGCCGCACCUGUGGCGGCUGCGAUCGACUAUAAUGGGAGGGGGGGAGGGAGCGCGAGGCGGGUGGCUCUGUUGUGUCUGUGUUGACGAAACGUGGGCUAUUAGUAUUCAAGUUGUAGGACGCUGUGGCAAAUUGAUCGAAGGCCUGUUAAGAACCUGUACAGUGCGGGCCCUCUGUCACAUUUGGAAUUAUUGCAUCGGAUGUCUAUAGAAUUAACAUCAAUCUGCAAUACAAACCCAAGCAACCUGCUCGAAAGCCUUUUGCUAGUCAUGGUGGUGUGGUUUCGGAGUGCGUUUGAUUUGUUUUCGAAGCUAAUGAUGCUCUUUAAACGUUCCAGACGCAGCCAUCUUUGUUAUUUGUUUCCGCAUUUUAUCUUGUAGAUGGGCGCACGGCAUUCUGGUUGAGCCAUGAAUACACUCAGUUAAUUUUUA